UCCAUAAGCCUGUUGGAGCAGAAGCUGCACGCGCGCACGGUGCGCCCUCGUAUGUGCGGAGUUUAGCUCGAGGAUAAAGGAUAAAAACGCGCGGGAUAAAAACACGCGGGAUAAAGCACACAGGUCACAGGAUCUUUCCUUCACGAGCUCCUUCAUGUCGGGACUGCUGCACUCCCCCCACCGAUGCUAUGGUUACCUUCAUUACGAGAGGCGACAGGCCCAAAAUAGAUAAUCUACAGUAGCUGCAGUAUACCCGCUGCCCACUGCCCAGGGAGCGUGCCUCGGGAACGUGCAGCUCACCGAGUCCAACAGAUCUUACAGGUGAAUCUAGUGAUGUCCAUCCUGCUGUACGUGAUGUUCCUCGCGUACCUCUACGGCAUCUCGGCCACCACGACCAGCAACAGACAGCGGCCCACGCAGGAUCCUAUCAACACCCUCAUAGUGAAGCUCCUGCAGGCCGACAUCGGCCGCGGCCGCCAGCGCCAAGAUGAGGGGGCUCAGGAGGCAGCCUUGCCCACCACCCACCCCUCAGAGAUGCAGUAUCCUCACCGAACCACAGCCAAAAGGGCCAUCGCAGACGAGCUCCUCCGACAGCACAAGCGCUACAACUCACCCCGCGUGCUGCUGAGCGAGCGACCACCCCUGCAGCCCCCGCCGCUUUACCUCACGGACGACUUCGUAGGCGGUCAGGACGCCACCAACAGAACGCGCCAGAAGCGCUAUGCUGAGCACAAGAGCUACCGGGGCGAGUUCUCAGUGUGCGAGAGCGAGAGCCGCUGGGUGACCGACCGGACCACAGCGGUGGACACCCACGGCCGUGAAGUCUCGGUGCUGACCGAGAUCGGCAUGGUAUGGCCGAGCAUGAAGCAGUACUUUUACGAGACGAGCUGCAAAAGCAGCAGACCCUUCAAGAGCGGCUGUCAGGGCAUUGACGACAAGCACUGGAACUCGCAGUGCAAAACGUCGCAGACGUACGUGCGCGCCCUGACCAAGUACAACAACAUGCUGAGCUGGCGCUGGAUACGGAUAAACACCGCGUGUGUCUGCGCCCUUUCGCGCAAACGCCGCAGGACGUAAAAAUGCAACUGCAUAACUACUCAGUACUCCUUUUGUCUUUAUAUUGUACCCUGAGGUGGGAGGGGGAGGGGGGUCUGUACAUAUAUAAAUAUAAAUUAUUAUUUAAGUUAUAAAAAAAUGCAUGUAGUCUAUACAUGUCUAUAUGAUGUAUAAAGAUAUUUGUGUUAUUUAUUGAAGUCGCUAUCAAAGCAAAAUCUAACUAAAACAAGAGAGAGAGAGAGAGAGAGAGAGAGAUGUAUGAGCUUGUGAUGAAACAUGCCAUUAAGCUACAGGAGCAUUACAUGGCAAAACAAUGUGCCUUGCUCAAGCAUCUUUACACACAGUCAAAUGACAUAUCACUCCUUUAGAUCUGAAUCCUGGGAUCAGCUGCAAUUCAUGUGUAAUAUUUAGUGCUGAAAAAAGUAUAACCUUAUCAACCGCAUCCUCACUACUACAGUAUUGUUCAAAACACAGUCUGUGCUACUGAUACUGUGCAAACAGUAUCGCCACCAUGUCUGGGGAAAGGAAAGAAUAGUUGAGAUGCUUUGAAGAAAUAUAAAGAUGUAUAUGUAUAUCACAGAAAUGCAUGGAAUAACUAAGAAAUAUAUAUUUUUAUAUCACACAUCUACUUGUGCACAAUGAGAACACAAUGCAUGUGGGUAUACAGGCUAUACAGGCUGAUGCCGUGUACAACAGAGUUGAUGGCAAACAACAGAAAAUGUGUUGGCACUGGAGAUUCAUUGCAAUUCUAACACCACAAUGAACUCAACAAGCGGAUGACUGUGUGAAACCUUCCAUAUAUGGAGUCCAUUCAAAAGUUUUAGAAAAAAGUUUUUUUUACAUGCGAGAAUAUUUAAUAUAUAUCCUUGUGUAUUAUACAGUUAUAGUGCUCCAAUCAUUAAAAAAAUAAUUUGAAUUGAA